GCUGAGCGGCAGCUGAGCAUGGAACGCAGCUUGUUGCCACACCCAUUGGACAUCGCCUUGCCAGGCACAGUACUUGGCCCUAGAUACGAGGCGCAGGCGAGCGGCAAUGGCUCCGUCCUGGACAAUGUGCUGCCGGAUAUGGCACACCUGGUCAAUCCGUAUUGGAGCCGUUUCGCACCAAUGGAUGCAACAAUGAGCAAGAUCCUGGGUCUGUUUACUCUGUGCAUCCUCAUCAUCUCGUGCUGUGGCAAUGGAGUUGUCGUCUACAUCUUUGGCGGCACCAAGUCGCUGCGCACGCCCGCCAAUCUGCUCGUCUUGAAUCUGGCCUUCUCUGACUUUUGCAUGAUGGCCUCACAGUCUCCGGUCAUGCUGGUGAAUUUUUACUAUGAGACGUGGAUCUUGGGGCCACUGUGGUGCGAUAUUUAUGCGGUCUGUGGCUCAAUGUUUGGCUGUGUUUCGAUCUGGUCAAUGUGCAUGAUCGCCUUCGAUCGUUACAAUGUCAUUGUCAGGGGCAUCAACGGAACGCCCAUGACCAUCAAGCUGUCCAUCAUGAAGAUCCUGUUCAUUUGGCUGAUGGCAACGUUUUGGACCAUAAUGCCCCUGAUCGGCUGGAGCGCCUACGUGCCGGAGGGCAAUUUAACAGCCUGCAGCAUUGACUACAUGACCAGACAAUGGAAUCCGCGUUCCUAUCUAAUAACCUAUUCGAUAUUCGUCUACUAUGUGCCGCUGUUUCUCAUAUGUUAUUCGUACUGGUUUAUAAUUGCGGCCGUGGCCGCCCAUGAGAAGGCCAUGCGCGAGCAGGCCAAAAAGAUGAACGUCAAGUCCUUGCGCAGCUCUGAGGAUUGCGACAAGAGCGCUGAGGGCAAAUUAGCCAAGGUGGCACUGACGACUAUUUCGCUGUGGUUCAUGGCCUGGACUCCGUACUUGGUCAUCUGCUACUUUGGUCUGUUCAAGAUCGAGGGUCUGACGCCACUUACCACCAUUUGGGGAGCCACCUUUGCCAAAACCAGCGCCGUCUACAAUCCAAUUGUCUAUGGCAUAAGCCAUCCCAAGUAUCGGCUAGUGCUCAAAGAGAAGUGCCCCCUUUGUGUUUUCGGCAAUACAGAUGAGCCCAAGCCAGAUGCACCUGCUGGAGAUACGGAAACCACUUCAGAUGCCGAAUCAAAGGCCUAGACAUAUUACCAAUAAUCAACAAAUGUCCGCAAUUGCCUACAAAAGGCACAAAAUGUAAAAAAUAAA